AUGAGGAUGAGCUCCAUAGAAUAUACGGGUUAUGGUUUUCAAACUCACCACGAGGGUGCCCCCCUAGUUACUUUGAAACAGCUUGGUUAUUUUGAUAAUGCCUCACGAGUUUCAGGGACGCUUGAACUGUGUGGUGCGAGGAAUGCGGCUCGAAUUGAAGUGGUAUCUCCUAGACUCGCGAGGAUUGCGGCUCAGAUUGAAGUGUUAUCUCUAAGACCUACGAGGAUUGCGGCUCAAAUUGAAGUGGUAUCUCCAAGACCUGCGAGGAUUGCGACUCAGAUUGAAGUGUUAUCUCUGAGACCUGCGAGGAUUGUGGCUCGGAUUGAAGUGGUAUCUCCGUGA